CAUUUUACAAAUAAGGCAACUGAGAACAAAUAAAGGCCAAGUGAUUUGUCCAGGGUCACAGAGUUUAAUAACUGUCUCAGUCUGGAUUUGAAUUCAGCUCUUUCUGACUCUAGGUCCAACCCUCUAUCCACUACACCAGCUAGCUGCCUCAUCAGACAAGUGUAAAUAUCCAGAAAGUAUAUGGAAAGAUGAACUCAAGUAGGAAGACAGGUCUGAAAAUAUGGAAGUUCAUUACUGAUAUGCAAAUACACAAACACAAAUCAUCUGUGAUUUCAUCAGCAUGGGGAACUCCCACAUGUCAUAAUCCCUCCUCCAAGUAGCAAAGUUUUAGAGAGUUGCUGGAGACACAGAAGUUAAGUAACUUACCUAGGAUUUCGCCCAUCAGUAUGUGCCAAGGACUGAAUUUGUUAUAAAGCAAAUAUAAGAAAUUAUGGAUACUAGUGAUGAAAUUGCCAUUGUGGGAAUAGGAUGCAAUUUCCCAGGAGGAGAAGGAAUUGACCGUUUCUGGCAAGUGCUCGUGGAAGGCCGAAACUGUACAGUAGAAAUACCACAUGAAAGGUUUAAUGUUGAAGAAUGGUAUGACCCUGAAGAGAACAAACCUGGUAAAAGCUUAACAAGAUGGGCUGCUCUUGUUGAAGGGUUUAAUGAAUUUGACAACAAAGUAUUUGGAAUUAACAACUUGGAAGCUGAGCGUCUGGACCCCCAGCAAAAAGUACUCUUAGAAUGUGCUUACAGAGCUCUGGAGAGUGCUGGCAUUCCUAGUGAAGAAGUGGCUGGUAGCAGAAUUGGGGUUUUCAUUGGUCUCAUGAAUCGAGACUUUGAGUGUAUGACCUCCAAAAUGCCAAAAGCUGUGAACCAGUAUAAUGUCACUGGAUCUGCAAUGAGCCUAGCUGCAAACAGGAUUUCAUAUGUAUUUAAUCUAACUGGGCCAUCGCUUGCACUAGAUACAGCAUGCUCCUCAUCUCUUGUUGCAUUACAUUAUGCAUUCCUCUCAAUUAAACAAGGAGACUGUGAAGCAGCUCUGUGUGGUGGAGUGAGUUACAUUUUAGAUCCCCAUGUUAAUGUAAUGCUAAGUAAAGCGAAAAUGAUAUCUCCAGAUGGGAUGAGUAAACCCUUUUCUAUGAGAGCUGAUGGUUAUGGAAGAGGUGAAGGCUGUGGAAUUGUCUUACUGAAGCCAUUAAAGAAGGCACUGGAAGACUACAAUAAAAUCUGGGGUGUUAUCAGCAUGAGUGCAGUGAAUCAGGAUGGACAAUCAGUAACUCCCAUCACCAAACCCUCUCAAAAACAACAGGAGAAACUCCUAGAGAGCAUUUAUUCAACUCACAUCAACCCAUCAGUGGUGCAGUAUGUUGAAGUUCACGGCACGGGAACACCUGCUGGAGACCAUGCUGAAGCAAAGAGCAUAGGCAACAUUGUUGGCAGGAGAAGAUCUAGAAAUGCCCCUCCUCUGAAGAUUGGUUCAGUGAAAGGCAAUAUUGGUCACACCGAGUCAGCCGCUGGAAUCGCUGGCCUAAUUAAAGUGCUUCUGAUGAUGCACCAUGAAAAGAUCGUCCCAUCACUCCACUAUUCCGAGAGUGUGAGUAGCAUAAAUACGGAAAAGUUAAAUCUCUUCAUUCCAACUGAAGUAGAAAAAUGGGAAGAGUCCAGAGAAUUUGGCAGAGUAGCUGGUAUAAGUAGUUUUGGAUUUGGAGGGACCAAUGUUCAUAUUGUUGUCAGACAGUUUAAGCAGCAACCUCAGGCUAUACCUCUUAAAAGGCCCUAUGAAUUAUUUCUACUUUCUGCAGCUUCUAAUAACUCCCUCAAGCUCGCAAUUGAAGACACUGCUCAACAACUAAGUCAAAGAAAAAAAGAAUCAUUGCAGGAUCUGGCCUAUACUUCAGUGUGUAGAAGGAGCCAUGCCAACUACAUGUAUAGAAAAGCAUUUGUGACAACCUCCCUAGGAAAUCUGAAGCAAAAGCUUAAUUCAGCAGCUAAUGAAAAAAUAUCUUGUACAAAGGGUCCUCCUGAAUUGGUAUUUGUGUUCUGUGGUAAUGGGGCCCAUUACAAGGGCAUGGGCAAAAUCUUGCUCAGUUCUGAACCAGUAUUCAAAGAAAAGUGCCAAGAAAUUGCUAAUCUGUUUCUCAAAUAUGAACCCAUCAGGUUCCUGGAAUUAAUAGAAAAAGAAUUUGAUGAUUUUUCAAGGCCUAAAGUAACCCAGCCACUCCUUUUCAUAAUUCAGGUGGCUUUAGCAUCCCUUCUGAAAUUCUGGGGCAUUAAGCCUGCUACUGUCAUAGGUUCUUCAAUUGGGGAAGUCGCUGCUGCCCACUGUGCUGGAUUUCUUUCCCUUGUAGAUGCUGUGAAGGUUAUUCAUUACAGGAGCAUGUUUCAGUCAAAGGUAGUUGGAGGGAAAAUGUUGGUAGUUGGAAACAUCCCUAUAGAGGAGAUUUCAAAAGCCCUGAUCCCUCAUUCUAGAAAGGUGUGCAUUGCAUCCUUCAACAGUCCCAACUGCUGUACUUUGUCUGGAGAUGCAGAUUCUGUGAAUGCCAUUCAUGAGGAACUAGCUGAGCAAUUUGAGAAAAGAAACAUAUUCCUAUAUAUCUUACCUGUUCCAGCUGCUUAUCACAGUUAUAUGAUGGAUCCAAUAGUCAAAGACAUUAAGGAAAAUAUAGGAGAUCUGGCAAAGCAAAAGCCAGAAGCAGAAAUGAUUUCAACUGUGACCGGAAGAGUAAGUUCUAAAAGAGAUUUUACUACAGGCAUAUAUUGGGCCAGAAAUGUUCGAGAGCCAGUUGCUUUCACAGAAGCCAUUACAACUUCAUCUCAAGGAAGGAAAAACCUAGUAUUCAUUGAAAUAGCUCCUAAACCAUAUUUCAGAAGAAUGAUAAGGGAAAUUUUAGGAGAACAAACAUUUGUCUUUCCUUCCCUACAAAAAGAGAAAAAUUAUGAGACCCUUUUUGCUCUGGUUGAAAACCUAUUUGAAUUGGGAUAUAAUCUCAAUUGGCCACACUUCUAUGAUGGGUUGAAAGCAAUUCCAACAGACUAUCCCAAAUAUCAUUUUGAUCAUCAGAAUCUCAAAGAUUACUUUCAAAAUCUUCAGAAGCAACACAGCAUGACCAGUAUCAAUCAUCCUCUCAUCAGCAAUGGGGAUAAUGGUUUAGAAUUCAUUUGUACAAUAUCCCAGGAUACCACACCCUAUGUUUAUGAGCACAAAAAUAAUGGUGUGCCUUUGGUUCCUAGUGCCUUGUUUGUAGAGCUUGGCUUAGCCUCAGUGAUGAAUAGUUUGAGACCCAAAAUGCCUUUAAAGGACUAUCAGAUGAGCAUCACUUUUGUAGCUCCCUGUAUGGCAAACAAAAAUUUCCUAGAUUUGAAAAUCCAAGUGGAAUUAGGGAAAAUAGCAACAGUAUUCAAAAUACUUUCUUUUUCAUCUGCAAUUUAUGCAACAGGCAAAAUUGCAAAAAUGACUGAAGCUUUGAAUGAAAGAAAACUUCUCAGCCUUGAGAGCAUCAUACAAAGGUCCAACUUAGUCAUAACCGUGAAUAAAGUUUAUGAAACCCUCUCUCUUAUCGGUUUUCAAUAUGGCUCUGUUUUAAAACAACUAAGUGAUAUUUUAUACUGUGAUAAGCUAAAGGAAGGCAUAACAACCAUCACAGUAAAUGAAAAAACUGGAAGGGAAAUACUUGACUAUUACAUCCACCCAGUGCUAUUAGACUAUUUCUUGCAAAUGACAGCUGUGAUGGCCACAAAAUGCAUAGAAUCUGAAGGAAAACCUGGAUUCCCAACUGCCCUUGGCAGCCUUGCAGUCUUCAGACCCCUAGAAGAGGAGAUGCAGAUUUAUAUAAAAAUCACUAAAUCCACUGAGAAUUAUGUAGAAGUGUGUGGAUGCUUUACAGAUAAACAUGGACAAGUUUUGGCAGAACUGAAGAACGUAGGGUUUAAGUUUGUGACUUCCAUUAAUGAUAAUGUCUUUCUGGAAAAUAAAUGGAAAGAAAUCUCUUCUAUACCAGAGGCCAUAAAUUUAGAUGAAUCGCCCCAGUUCAUAGUGUUUGCUGAUCAAUUUGGAGUAGCUCAACUCCUAAAACAGUACUUGCAUAACAAUUCCAAGUAUGUCACAUUGGAGGAAUGGGAAACAAUUCAAAAUUCUGAAAGGGCAGGUGACAUGAUAAAAAAAGAGAUCAGAGGUUUCCAUGAUGUGCUAUUCAUGUGGGGGAUUCAAGAAUUAAGUGAGGAAACAUCAGCAUUACUAAUCAUGCAACAUUUAGCUAAGUGUUGUGAGGCAUUUCGUCAAGUUAUCUUGGCACUGAGAGAAGAAAACGAUCAUUGUUCUGUGACAGUUAUCACUUAUAGAACAACAUCAACAAAUGUGAAUCACAUUAAUCCUGGAUAUGCUCUGCCUGGCAUGGUAAGAAGCUGUUUUGCGGAAGUUCCAGAGAUCACAUUUAGGAUGAUAGAUAUCAGUUUUAUGAAUAAAGAGGAAAUAGCAAGUUUAGCACAAGCUAUCAUUAACUAUAAAGGGGAAGAUUUUCCUGAACUCUGGAUUAAUCAAGGAAGAAUUUACACUGCUGAAGUCAAAUGGACAUCUUUUCAAAACUUUUAUGAUGCUCCAUCUCCAAAGCAUCUUGAGAACUCGGAAAUGUUUACUUUAUACACAGCAAAUCCAUAUAAGACAACAGAUCUAUCUGCCCAGUUAUUAGACCAUAAAGUCACCUACCUUGAAAACCAUGCUGUUGAAGUUCAGGUAGAAAAAAUUUGCAUGCAUUCAGAAGACUAUUUUCCUGUCAGUACCUCUAGUUUGACCUUUGGUCAGACUCUGUACUGGACUGAGCACACGAUGGAAAAACAUCAAUUGCUAGCACUGGACUUCAGUGGCACAGUAACCAAUACAGGCAAAGGAGUGAAAGAAGUAAAGGUUGGUGAUCAUAUUGCCACAUGCUUUCCAAUUGAUGCAUCAUCAAAAAUCUUAAUUCCUGACACUGUCUGUCUUGACACCACAAAGCUCACAGUUCUUAGAAGUGCACCUUGUGUGUCAUACUUCAUAAUAGCUUGGAAGAUUCUUAUUCAGAUAUUAUUUCCAAGAGCACAGCCACUUGCUUCCCUUGCUAUCAUUUCCAUGGAAUCUGAAUCUAUUCUAAGCAAAGUGCUAACGUUGGUUUUCAAAAGAAAUGACUGGAGAGUCAGUCAAGUCUUGCUCUCUUCUGAUCUAUGGAAUAAUGUGCAACAUUGUCAAGUUCUCAUUUUUCUGCCUCCAUUAACAAGCUUCUGCGUAGAAAUGCUCUCUGAUCUUUCCCACCUCAGAGAUGUGGUGUUUGUUUAUGGGGGUCACCAGCCUGAGUUUCUACAGCAGCUCUUUCAUAAUGGACGAGAUUAUAUUGAGGUUCACACAGUAAGCCUGAGCCAGGUUUUUCAGAAAUCAGCUCUAUUAAAUUCCUACAUGGCUGUCUUCAAAUGGUUAUGUUCAAUGAAUUUGAAAGAGAGUACAAACUUCAGUUAUUCUGUUUUUCAACAAAAUAGGUCUUGGGCAUGCACAGAGCCAACUCCUGACUCCUACUUCACAUGCAAAGCCAUCCCACUUCUUGUGUUGAGAGGACGUUUACCAGAAAGUGAAGUUUCUGCUAUACCUAAACAUAUAGCAGGAAAUAAAUUGUUUAGGUCAAAUGCCUUAUAUAUUGUGUCAGGGGGACUCUCUGGUCUUGGUUUUGAAACAGUCAGAUUUAUUGCCCAACAUGGAGGUGGCCAUGUGGUGAUUCUUUCAAGAAGAACUCCAAACACUGAGCAAAGAAAAGAAAUACAAUCUUUAGAAAGUCAAAAUGAAAACUGUAAGAUCAUCAGCUUACAAUGUGAUGUGAGCGCCAUCUCUGAGGUGGAAAAGGUGUUCAGUUACAUUAGCAAUAUCUUUCCAAAGGGCACAGUCAAAGGGGUAUUCCACAGUGCUGUUGUGUUGGAUGAUGCGCAGCUUGAAGCUCUGAACAUCUCUCGUUUUGAGAAAGUACUAAGUCCCAAAGUGGCAGGAGCAAUAAAUCUUCAUUGUAUUACUAAAGGGCAGGAGCUGGAUUAUUUUGUCUGUUAUUCAUCUAUUACUUCAUUCCUUGGGAAUGCAACUCAAACUAAUUAUGCUGCUGCCAACUCCUUUCUUGAUAUCUUCUGCCAUUAUCGGAGGAACUGUGGUCUUGCUGGUCAAUCCAUUAACUGGGGAGCUUUGAAUGUUGGACUGCUGCUAAAUAAGCAGAAGAUUCAUAAGUUUUUGGCAAGCAGAGGAAUACUUACUCUUCAGAAAUCAGAAAUUGAUAAGUUCCUUAGUAAAUGCUUGCUUCUGAAUAAUCCUCAACAAGCAAUUGUUAGAUUUGAUUUCAAGACUUUACAGGACUGCUAUUUUUCUCAGGUUCCACCUCUCAAAAUUCGUUUUUCAACAAUUUUGCAAGAAGAAACCAAGCAGUUGUAUGAGUCUAACAUAGUUGCUCUUGAGAAUUCAUCUCAGUCAGAGAAUGAAGAGUACAUUACCUCCCUAGCAAAAGAAAUCAGCAAUACCAGUCUCAAAGACAUUUCAAUGGAUACAACUCUCGUGUCACUUGGCAUAGACUCUAUGGCAGCUAUGACCCUGAAAAAUAAGCUCUUCCAUGACAAAAGGGUAAAUGUUCCUCUUAUCAAACUACUUGACCCUAAUGCAACUCUGCUGACUAUAAAAUUGCUUUUGCGGAAACUAAGCAAAUGAAAUAGUUACCAAUGGAGACAAUAUCAGAAAUAAAAUAAUCUAAUUUUAGAA